AUGAUAUACAAGACUGUGAUUGAUGCCUGCUCCCUGCAGCCUGAUGUAGACCUCCUGCCGUUCGGAGACCAGACGGAGAUCGGAGAGAGGGGCAUCAACCUGAGUGGAGGCCAGAGACAGAGGAUAUGUGUGGCCCGAGCUCUCUACCAGAACACCAACAUAGUCUUCCUGGAUGACCCGUUCUCAGCGCUGGACAUCCACCUGAGUGACCACCUGAUGCAGGAGGGCAUCCUGAAGUUCCUACAGGACGAUAAACGCACCGUGGUCCUGGUCACACACAAACUGCAGUACCUCAUCCACGCUGACUGGAUCAUAGCCAUGAAGGAUGGCUCAGUGCUGAGGGAAGGCACUCUGAAGGACAUUCAGACUUAUGAUGUAGAGCUGUAUGAACACUGGAAGACCCUGAUGAACAGACAGGACCAGGAACUAGAGAAGGACACUGAGAUUGAUAACUGUCAGACUGCUCUAGAGAGGAAGACAUUGAGAAGAGCUUUCUACUCCAGAGAGGCGAAGAACCAGGUCGACGAUGACGAAGAAGAGGAGGAAGAGGAAGAGGAAGAUGACGACAACAUGUCGACCACCACCAGUCGGCGCUCUAAGAUCCCGUGGAGGGUGUGCUGGCAGUACCUGUCCUCCGGUGGCUUCCUCAUGGUAUUGCUAAUGGUCUUCUCUAAGCUGCUGAAACACUCUGUCAUGGUCGCCAUCGACUACUGGCUGGCCACUUGGACCUCUGAUAAGAAACCAGACAGCGUUCCCGCCAAUGGGACAGCUAAUGGCGAUGUCCCGGUCAAUGGGACUGCUAAUGGCGAUGCUAAUGGAAAUGCCCCAGACUUUGGAAAUGUUACAAGAGACUUUGUCAAUGCUGCUGCAGCAGCUGUCUUCUCCAAUCUGACAAACUCAACUGGUGGUCUGGAAGCCGCGGCAGGUCAGCCUGAUUCCUACUAUGUGCCCGUGUUUAUCAUCCUGUGUGGAGCGGGGAUAGCCCUGUGUCUGAUCACCUCUCUGACUGUGGAGUUCCUGGGUCUGUCUGCUGCCACCAACCUGCACCAUAACCUGCUCAACAAGAUCAUCCACGCACCUAUCAGAUUCUUUGACGUGACCCCCUUGGGCCAGAUCCUGAACCGUUUCUCAGCUGACACCAACAUCAUAGAUCAGCACAUCCCUCCUACCCUGGAGUCUUUGACCCGCUCCACUCUGCUCUGCCUGUCUGCCAUCGGGGUCAUAGCGUUCGUCACCCCAGGCUUCCUCAUCGCUCUAGUUCCUCUGGCUGUGUCCUUCUACUUUAUACAGAAGUACUUCCGGGUCGCCUCAAAGGACCUUCAGGACUUAGAUGACUCCACCCAGCUUCCUCUGCUCUGCCACUUCUCUGAGACCGCAGAGGGACUCACCACCAUCCGAGCAUUCAGACAUGAAUCUCGAUUCAAGCAGAGGAUGCUGGAGCUGACAGACACCAAUAACACAGCCUACCUGUUCCUCUCUGCUGCCAACCGCUGGCUGGAGGUCAGAACGGACUACCUGGGUGCUGUUAUUGUGCUAACAGCGGCAGUAGCCUCCAUAUGGAGCUCUGGCAACAAACUUCCCUCUAGCUUGGUAGGGCUAGGCCUGACCUACGCCCUUACAGUGACCAACUACCUGAACUGGGUGGUGAGGAACCUGGCUGACUUAGAGGUCCAGAUGGCUGCUGUCAAGAAGGUCAACAGCUUCCUGAGUACAGAGUCUGAGAACUACGAAGGCUCCAUGGAUACCUCCCAGGUCCCCGAGGACUGGCCCCAGCACGGAGAGAUAAAGAUCCAGGAUCUGUGCGUCCGUUACGACCCCCUUUUGAAGCCUGUCCUCAAACACGUUAAUGUCAACAUCAACCCCGGACAGAAGGUGGGCAUCUGUGGACGCACAGGCAGUGGAAAGUCCUCCCUCUCUCUGGCCUUCUUCAAUAUGGUUGACAUAUUUGAAGGGCAGAUCAUCAUUGAUGGUAUAGACAUCUGUAAGCUGCCCCUCCAGACCCUGAGGUCUCGUCUGUCCAUCAUCCUCCAGGACCCAGUGCUGUUCAGCGGAUCCAUCCGGUUUAACCUGGACCCAGAGUGUACCUGUACUGAUGACAGACUGUGGGAGGCGCUAGAAAUCGCCCAGCUGAAGAACAUGGUCAAAGCCCUUUCUGGGGGACUGGACGCGGUGGUGACAGAGGGAGGGGAAAACUUCAGUGUGGGUCAGAGGCAGUUGUUCUGUCUGGCCAGAGCCUUCGUCAGGAAGAGCUCCAUCCUCAUUAUGGAUGAAGCCACCGCAUCCAUCGACAUGGCAACGGAGAAUGUCUUACAGAAGGUGGUGAUGACAGCCUUCGCCGACCGAACAGUCGUCACUAUUGCACAUCGUGUACACACUAUCCUGGAAGCUGACCUGGUGAUCGUGAUGAAGCGAGGGAACAUCUUGGAGAUGGACAAACCAGAGAGCCUUCUGGAGCACGAGGACGGCAUGUUCGCUUCCUUCGUCAGGGCUGACAUGUAGACUCACACACUGUCAGCCAGCACAACAUCAAUCAGUCCAUCAAUCAAUCAAUUCAUUAAUCAAUUAAUCAGCCUCCUCAGUGUUUCCCACAAUGCUUAGGUGGGGUGCAGAGGUCCAGAUAUUAUUAUCAUUAUUGACUGAAGCUAAUACUGUAGGUUACUGUAGGGGAAACGGAGCCGGGCCGGUGGACCACCCCAACUUGGUAAUGGUAGGGGAAACACUGCUUCCCAAAGCACCACUGAUGGCCUUCGUGUUGAUUAUUGGUAAUCUAUUCGUUAUUUAUUGGUUGAUUGAUUGAUAGAAUUAUUGACCUAUUAACUUGGUCCUGUAAGGAUCACAAAUCGGUCAUUAAAUAUGAUUACAAUUUUACAAAGCUUUACUUAAAUGUUUUAUGUUUAAAUGAUAUAUUUUGUUACACUUAUUACUAGAUCAUGUAUGUAUAUGUAUAUAUUUUACACCAUUACUCAUAGGUAAGCAAUAAGCAGGUAUACUAUAGUACUACUAGUAUGGUACCAACACUGUAGGGUAUAUAUCGCUGGAACAUUUUUAGCCCGGCGACCCUCUGUCUGUCUGAUGAGAUGCUAUGCUGACUGAACCAUGGGACUGUGGACAUUUAGUGGUCACUGACUCCCUCUUUGAAAAGCACAGCUUUCACCCAAUGGGUGUGCUCUAAAGGACUGAAUCCUAACGUGAGAUGUGCAUGCCUAACUUCAACUUGUACAAACCUUGUGUACUGUAAACCAUGCAUUCAUGUCAAGAUGUAUGUGAAAACUUGGGAGUUAUGCACGUUGAUCUUAAGUUAAGAUCCAGCCCUAAAUGAUAAGGGAAGAUUCCGCUUUCUUCUCCCUACCAUAAGCCAGCGUUAGCGUAGCUCAGGCCAGCGUUUCUACCAUACAUGGUUCUGGCUGGUGUUUAUUGGUAAGGAAAGUGGUUUAUAUUUUCAGUAUUAAACCUGGUUUCUGGGGAGCUGUGCCACUGUCCCACUGUAGUACCUGGAUGUGUAUAGUUAUUUUGCAUAUCGAACAAUGAGAAUGUUAUAUUGACUUCUUUGUAUUGUAUUAUAGCCUGAAUGCCAAACUGAUUCUUGUAAUGUGACUUUGAAGAAUAUCAGUAUUUGUUUUUACCACCAUA